AAAGAAAGAAAAACAAUUCUAAUGUUUACAACUUUACAUGAAUUAUUGAAAAAGGAUAAACUAUUAAAGCACAGCGGGCGGGUAAUGCUAACAAUAUUCCUGUCUUGGAGGAAAGUACGAGGUAUUAUUUUAUGUCCUUUCUUCCUUGUUAUAGUUAAACGUUCGGUGGCAGGCACAGGUAUUCCGAUUGUGUACUCGACACUUUGCCACCACAGUUAGUUAGUGGACAGAUAGACGGGCACUUUGUUAUUGAACGAAGAGAAUAUAUAAAACAAAAGUAAAAGGCACCAUGAAGUGAAAUGCUGCAAGGAAACAUUAUAACUGCAGACGGGGUAGACUUGUGCUGUGAUCUACACAAAACCCAAUGUGAUUUAAACAAUAGAAAAAUGUGGAGAUUUAAAGUUCCCGGAUGGUCGAUGCUGUUGGUGACGGUGGUGUGGCUGGGGGCCUGGCAGUUCAGAGGAAUGCCGAGCAGAGUGAUCACCUGGACUUCACUCUACUCCCAGGUGAUGGUGGCGAGGAGGGAGUUCCCGGUCAACCCACUCUGUCCGAGGCGUUGUUUGCGUCAGCGCCUACGGGAACGAUUACACUGGCAGGACAAACGGUUGAUGACCCACCUUCAGGGGAUGAUGGAGGCAGGGCCAGGGGUAGCAAGCCGUCUUCACCCCCAGAACCCCCCCUGGGCACGGAGACCCUCUUACAACGCCACCGAGAACUACCUCAGGGCUCUCACUGAUGGCGAAGUGGACGGGGUGUUCGUGGAGAUAGGGGCACAGGACGGGCAGUGGUUGAGCAACACUUGGCGGCUGGAGGCGACGCAGGGGUGGCGGGGACUGCUUGUAGAGGCUGACCCCAGGAACUACCAGCGCCUCCGAACGUCCCCAAGGACCUCCUCCACCCUCCCUGUCUGUGUUACUCCCGGCCUCACCGUCCACAAGGAAUCCAUGAUAAAGACCCACUACCCGAACACGGCCACAGAGGGGCUACUCCGGGCACAAGAAGGUCGCUCUAAGCUUCGCAGAUACGCCACGGCCUCGGAGGUGUGGGCGGGGGACGAGUGGAGCACGACCUGUUACCCCAUCAUCUCCGUCCUCGCCGCCUUCAGGUACAGAAAGAUUGACCUCCUGACCCUUGACCUGUCUGGCGGAGGCUUGGAGAUGACGUUAGACUUCCUCUCCAAAAAUAAACAACUUGGCAGUCCCUUCUUUGUCAGACGAAUCUUAUAUCAGGACAGUCAGCUCUCACAGUUCUUCGACUUAAACCAAGUCAGAGAAGAUUUUAAGAGACUCGGCUACCACAUGUUGAUGAUGAAACCAGUCCAUUAUCUUCUCUACCACGAAUCGAUCAGUGUCGCCAUCCACUGAUUGAGUUUGUAUCGCAAAAUGCAGACGAAAGGAAGAUAAAUCAUUGAACAAGGGAAUAAACUAUGGAUGAUUGACGAAAAACGAGCGAGUAUGCAGACGGCUAUCUGAAUAAAUAGUUCUACUGUAUAUGAAACAAGUAGUGUACAGUACAUCGUCCCUUUCUUUGUCAUGUCGGGAACAGAAACUAAGAAAUAUGAAUACAAACUAAAAAACAAUAUAUAUACAGUUUUUGUCAGAGCACUUGGUCACAAGUGUGUCUAAAUUUCAUCUUCCUGGGAUAUACCUCGGACAACCAUCCAACCAACCAACCCAUGACAAACUAACUACUAAACUACCCGUGAGACCUGGAGAUGGAUAUAGGGUGGGAAAUGGUGGGGGGUAUGACGCAGCACCAUCCCUCCCUUGAUAAAAUUGACUGAAUCUUGACCGACUUACUGUAAAAAAAGUUGGACCUCUUAAGAUUAACGUGCCCUGACGUUGACCUAACCUAACUUAACCUAACCCUCCCCCCCAGGUAUCUUUACGAAGUUUAAUCAUACGGCCUCUUUCACACACUGAUAUAUUUCAAUAUAUUAGUUGUCCCUUUUGUUACGAACCCCGCCACCAAUUGUCAUGAUCUACCUACCCAGCACUACGAACCACGCCAUCUAUUGUCCUGAUCUACCU